AAAUACAACGUGUGCACUGCAUCAAGAUUGAAAACCACUGAUUAAAGAGUUUAAAGCUAUUUUAAUCUAUUAUUAAAAACAAUAAUUGUUUGUUUCUUGAUAUCACCCUAUCACAGACUGGAAAUAAUAUCAACUGCUUUGAAAACUCAUUAACUAAUUGGUCAUCUGGAACGCAUCAGCUCUCUGCUCAUCGAGACGCUUUAUAAACGGCAGCAUUCUUCAGACGUCUCCGUGUUCUCCAGAGCUGUUGGAGUCUCGCUGUGGACUAGGAUCAUGUUCUGCUGGGUUUCACUGGUUCUUAUUGCUGUGGUCCAGCUCAGUCCAGCUCUUCCAGUUUCUCAGGAACCUCCACAGGAUCAUCUCAAUGCCAUUCAACAGUCUGAGUCUGAGAGCAGAACAGUGGACAUGUCUACAGGAGAUCUGGUGCCCACACAUUACCCAGCCCGCCGGGCAGCUCAAGUCGCCCUACACUACAUCAACAAGCACUACGGCUCGCCCUUCAGAGUGUUUGGACUGAAGGAAGUGCACAGGGCGCGAGCAGAGGAUGUAGCAUCAGGAGGGAGGAAGUAUGACCUGGACUUCUCUGUGAUGGACUGGGCCGGUGGGGGGUCAGUGUUGAGGUGUUCAGCACAGGUGUUGUUCUCCAGGAGUGAGCAACACAAUUCACCUGAGGUUCAGUGUGACUGUGAGGGGCUACAACAGCUCAAAAACUCGUCUGAAGAGGAAGAUUUCUACCACAAACACAACACACCUGAAAGCCACGUCUCUUCGCAGGCUAUACCAGACAGCUACGGUAACAUGAGGCAAGAGAUGAAGCCGUUCUGGCAUUUGGCUGGUGUGGCCGCAUCUUUCAUCAUGCUACAAGAAUCCAAUGAGAACACAGAGUAUAAUAUGGCACAGGUGGCUAGCGUUACACAACAGGAGAGCAAAGACAACCAGCUGAUGUUGAAGUAUCACGUUCUGCUUCAUGAUCUGCCCUCCCAGGAGAUCAUUCAUUGGAAGCUGUUGGCAUCCUGGUCUCCAGAUGGGGGUGUCAGAGUGCUGGAGACCGAAUGGCAGCCCAAAUGCCCCCACAAUGCCAACCCACCCAACAGCUUUGUACCAACAACACAAUCCACUGCAUACUGAGCUCUUAUAUACCUAUAACUUUACAUGCACUAUAUUUGUGUGGCAAUGACUCACCGUUUCUGAUCGAGCUGAAUAAAGAGCUGUAAAUCCA